CUGAAGAUGUCACUAAGCCAUUGUCACGCAGAUGAACCGUAAAAUCCAAACAGGCUGACGUUAGCCUCCUCCUGGAUGUUUUUCUUCGCCGUUAAAGAGUUUGGCUACAGUAGAGCGACAUUAAUCAACCGCUUCAGUCUCUGAAGCACCUCCAGCGACACCUGUGCGGAGUCUGCUCCUCGUCCACUCGAUGCUCCUGAAGGAAGUGGUGACCCUGCCUAACUGACACGCUGCUUUCCCUGCCGUCCCCCCAUCUCUGCCCCCCAGCCCCCUGUCCUGAUUGGAUCUCCGUGGUGCCGGUGGUGGAUUGGAGCACUCUGAUUGGAGGCUUUGCGAGGUGGUUUUUCGGUCUGGCGCCGCCUCCCCCGGGCCGGCGUGCGCUCCCAGCAGCCCGUGGUGCCCUGCGCCCCCCCGUCCCCGUCACUGCACAACCGAGCCCAUGCCCAGGGAGGAGGCGCGGUGCGUCCGCCAGGAGCCAUGUGCCUCCCUCACUCCAACAACAUGGACAGCAAGCUACAGGGGGCGGGCACAGGGGGAGGGGCUUCACUACGACCACGAGCAGGAGGCGUUCCACUGGAGCCUUUUAUACACCAGGUUGGCGGUCACACCAGUAUGAUGCGUUAUGAUGACCACACGGUGUGUAAACCUCUCAUCAGCAGAGAGCAGCGCUUCUACGAGUCCCUGCCUCCUGAGAUGAAAGAGUUCACUCCAGAGUAUAAAGGUGUGGUGCUGGUGUGCUUUGAAGGUGACUCUGACGGUUACAUCAACCUGGUGGCCUACCCCUACGUGGAGAGCAACAUGGAGGGAGGAGCCGGUGAGCAUGAGGAGCGUGACCCCCCAGAAAGGGAGCAGCCGAGGAGGAAACACUCCCGCCGCAGCCUGCAUCGCUCCUCAUCCACCUCUGAACACAAGGAGGAGCGGCCCGACCGGAGGGAGGCGCACGACACAGAGACCUCGGAUAAUCUGGCAGAGCUGAAGAGCCCGAGACUCGACCCAAAGGUCCUCUCAGAUGUUCCCUUCCAGAUGCUGGACUGGAACAGCGGUUUGACGUCAGAGAAGAUCAGCCACAAUCCCUGGAGCCUUCGCUGCCACAAACAGCAGCUCAGCCGAAUGAGAUCUGAGUCCAAGGACCGAAAGCUCUUCAAGUUCCUGUUGUUAGAGAACGUGGUGCACCACUUCUCUUACCCCUGCAUCCUCGACCUGAAGAUGGGCACCCGGCAGCACGGAGACGACGCCUCGGAGGAGAAGGCAGCCAGGCAGAUAAGGAAAUGCGAACAAAGCACCUCAGCGACGCUGGGAGUCAGAGUGUGUGGCAUGCAGGUGUACCAGCUGAACACCGGUCACUACCUGUGCAGGAACAAGUACUACGGCCGCGGUCUGUCGAUCGAAGGCUUCCGCCAGGCCCUCUACCAGUACCUGCACAACGGAAAGGGCCUGAGGCGGGACCUCUUUGAGCCAAUCCUGAAUAAGCUUCGCACCCUGAAAGCGGUGCUGGAGCGGCAGGCAUCCUAUCGCUUCUACUCUUCCUCGCUGCUCAUCAUCUAUGAGGGAAAGGAACCUGAGAGCCCCUCUGUCUGGCAACCGAAGACCUCCGUGCCGCCCACAGAGCCCCACUGUGGCCCCGCCCCCCAUGCACCUACGGCCCCCGAUGCACCCUGUGAAACGGACAUGAGCCAGAAGCCAGACACAGGAUCCCUGCCCUCUCAGGGGUCUGGACUGAUGGUUCCGGCCUCCCCAUCACCUUCCCCUCAUCCUCCCACACAAGCUCCGCCCACUAAGUCAGACUGCCACUCCUUCCUCCCACGCCCCCCAUCGCCUCAUCCUCAUCCAGACUCCACCUCCUCGGCUCCCAGUUUAGGUUCCUCCCCCUCUCCCGCUCCCCUACCCCAGCAGCCCCCCUUGGUGGACGUUCGCAUGAUCGACUUCGCCCACUCCACUUUCAAGGGUUUCCGCGGCGACACAGCCAUACAUGAUGGGCCAGACAGGGGCUACAUGUUUGGACUGGAGAGCCUUGUCCAGAUCCUGGAAAGCCUGCGGGACGACAACCUGUAGCUCCAUCACUCACUUCUGUAUCUUUGUGAGGACCCCCUGAGAAGGUUUGUCCCACAGUGCGGACCAGCCUCACACCCAAAGUAUAACUGGUCCUCACAAAGAUAGACACAGACAGACACAGACAGACACACACACACACACACACACACACAGCUGGUUGUGAGAUAGUUCAGGUUGUGCUGUCAGUGCAGUUUGUCUAGCUGUGUUUCCAGCAACAAUCGGCUGUAAAUAUGGAACAUGAUUCUCCAGGACAUCGCUGUGCAACUGCAGGGAAGUGGGACAUUGGAGCCAAAAUGGCUGCCAAAUAAAGAUGAUACGGAGAACCAACACAUACACUCACAGCUUGUGCUUCUAUUCUUGUGAGGACCUUUGACAUAAUGCAUUCCCUGAACGUAACCACAGCUAAAUGACAACCCUGUAGUCGCCAUGCUCAUCUUUAAAGUAACUUUUGUCUUUCUGGGCGCCAUUUUAAUCAUUCUGAAAUUACAGGAUGUGGUGGAGCACCUCCUGAGCUUUCUCCUGAUGGCUUUACAUGUUUUAUUUUAUUUUAAUUUUAUUUUUUUUAGACAAGUUUCAGAAGUCUCUUUCAGCAGGAACAUGUCCGUCUCAUUUCAGUCAUUCAGGAGGCUAAAAAUAAUUUAAAAGGAAUGAAGUUGUGGAUGAGAUCCACUUUAAAAUACAGGAAUGUCUUUCUGGGAAAGAUUCAAAUUACAGAACAGUCCAGUCUGAAUAGAGCUUUGUUUAUUUUACCAUCACUUUCAGAAUGAUGAGUGUGCAUAGUUGGAAGAGGACAGUUUCUCUGUGUUCGCCUAAUUAUGUAAGUGAACUAGUUUGAAAAACAAAAAAAGGGGAAACAGGUAAAACCAGAUCAGAGCAGAGUACUUAAUGUCCUUUGGUACAAAUCUGGAAACUAGAGCAGGGGUGUCAAACUCAUUUUAGUUCGCACAACCCAGUUUUAUCUCACAUUUUUCAAACCAUGCAUUUACAGCUAACAAUAAGUGCAAUUUAAACAGUGUGUAUCGUUUUGUUUUCGUCUUUCUUGACAUUACAUUUGCAUUACAGUUUAACAGUAGUUUUUUGUAAACACACAACUUUCAUAUAUUUAGGAUUUUGGAGCUAAACGGCAGUCCAUCCUCUGUGCGGAACAGAUGUUUGACACCCCUGAACAUGAGAAACAUUCCUCUUCCCUCCUUUCAGUUUUGAAACGGCCUUCUCACACGUUCUGCACAGUGAAAUAAUAAACCAAAGUCGCUCUUUAACCAUAACAAAAUGUGAAGGAUGUCCUCACAAAGAUAGAGGGACACACACGCUCACAGACACACAUCCUGGGAACAGUUGUCUUUGGAGCUGUUUGACAGCGUCCCAGGACACAGCGUCCUGUCUGAUUGACCAAUCAGCUGAAUCCCACAGACCGCCCACUGAACACUUUAUUCCCUCACUCCCUGACCUCCCAUCACCUCCUUGUCCUCACUCCUCUUCUUCUACAGAAACCAAAUCUAGACAGGUGAACAGACCUCAUGCUCAGAAAAAGACCCAAGAAUCUGUGAAAGCAAUAGAUGGCAAACUCUUUUUCUUUCUUUUGGCCCCCCACAUAAAAGUAUAACAGAGACAUAGAAGUAGGCUUCAGGGAGAGAGCAUAGAUGCAUUUCAAAAUGUUGUAUGGCCUUUUUUUUGUUUUAUUUUUGUUUUGUUUUUGUUUUUGUUUUUGUUUUUUGGGAGAUUGAAUCAGGAAAAACAGGAGUAGUCGGUGUCCUGCAAAAUCAUCCUCGGGGUUAUUGGAAGCAUAAGUGUCACUUUUCCAAAUCUGGUGUUGGUGAUGCUUGAGCCCCUUUCAGACAUGUGUCGCUUUAACAUGAGUGUUCCUCACGGUUUCUUUACAACACUCCCACUAGAAUGAUGGCGAGAGCUAAAAGUACACACACAAUGUUUACUGCAUCAUAGAAAAACCCAGUAUUGUGAGCAGUGUAAUCGCACUUUGAACUGCCGUCUUCCAUAAGAGCAGCGUCUCUCUGUGCAUCUGUGAGCACUGCUGAGAAAGCUGUUCCUGGCCCUCUUUAACCUUACUACAUUAUAUAAACCGAGACAUUAUCUACAUGUCAGAGCUGUUUAAGUUAUUCUGUUGAGCACUAAGAAAGUCACAUUACAGGACUUUCUUAGCGCUCCGUCUGUGAGUGUCUGAAAGGGGGCUUCAGAUCUGUAUUCUUAAUUUAUUAUUGUCAACAAAUGUCAUGAAAAAAAUACCCAAAACACUGAGACACACCUUCCUCAUCUUGUAGAUACUUGCAACAGCAGGUGUGUCAAACUCAUUUUAGUUCACGGGUCACAUAAAGCCCAGUUUGAUCUGAACCGGGGCCAAACCGUUUAGACCAUACAUCUAAGACACCUCUGCAGGCCCCCCCCCCCCUCUCCUUUUUUUAAGUGCAAAAGAAGUCAAUUCUGACAACAGAUGAGAUGUUUUAAGCAAAAUAAGUGAUUUUUGGUUUUAAAAUUUUACUUCUUUACACAAAAAAAAAAGUUUUAGAGAUUUUUUUUUUUUUUUUGGUAAACAACAACAUAUUUUUCACUUCAGAUAUCAUGUCAUCAGAAUCAUUUCAAUGGAAAAGCAGUAAAAUUGGGGUAUAUUGCGCCUUCUGGCAGGCUUGUUCUGGCUCCCGGGCUGCAUGUUUGACACCCUUGCAGCUACAGCAAGAAAUGAGCAUUAACCUUCUGCUGAAAGUCUUCCUCAGCAACAGCGCUGUUUACACCAGUUACAGUAACAUUUAGAAGGAACUCAAGUGUCUGCACGCCUCCCCUUAAAAACAUAGUAAAUGUGGGAGUAGUAGUAGUUUAGUGGCUAUACUUGAGCUUCCUCAGACGAUGGGCUACUGAUUUCUCAUUUUAAGUACUUUUCAUUGAUGUUUUAAAUACGAACCUACGACCUUUUGAUUGCCUAAAAUGAUGUCCCCACAGGGUCCAGUCUUGUGUGUAAAGGGUCAAGACUUGAACUUUUACUCAUAACACAUAACACUUAAGAUGGCCUGAACAUGCCAAAGCAAAAUAAAAAAACAAAUGCUCAUGGGCUUCGUUGCUCUAAAAAGAGAAACUUCACAAAUCUCGCUAAUUUGUUGACAAUAAUGAAAAAAUAAAGAGUGACAACAGCCUAAUUCUUUAAGUUAGGGCUGGGUGAUGUGGCUGAUUAACCAUAUUCAGCAUAUAUUAUACACAGAUGAGUGACAGAUAAAAGGAAAAAUCUGCACACCUACAAGAUCUGGUGAGUGAGGUUUUCCUUUAAUUUGUCACCCUUCUGUAUUUCAUAACACAGAAAACAGGCAAAAUCACACGAAAGUAUUAAAUUCAUGUUCAUUGAGCUCUUAUUUUUUUCAGCUUUUAUUUUUUCAGCUUUUAUUCUAUAAAAAAAUAUUUUUAUAGAUGAAAACACUGAAUUAUCACCCAGCUCUGCCUCAAAAAUAAUAUUAAAAAUACAUAUAUAUAUAUAUAUAUUUAUUCCCUCUGAUUGGUCUACCGAUAGCCAGUCGUAUUUGUCCAUUUAUGCUUCCUCCAACUGGUACCUGAGGCUGGGCUUGAUGCACCACCGCCCCCUGCUGGACAGCCACAGGAACUUAACCCCAGGAGCUGGAAUGAGAGAGAGGGAGGGUGAGCAAAUAUGAAUAUUUUAUUUUUGGUUUAUGAAGGUGAUAAUUUAUUUUUUUAUCCUGCCUUUACCUAAAAUCUGUGGGUACAUGUUCUUGUCUUUUACAUGGCUCCCCCACCCCCUCUCAAUGUAUAAAAGUUUAAAGAAAUUUAGUGACUCUGAGACAUGGUGUGUGUGUGUGUGUGUGUGUAAGAGAGAUGUUGGGAGCAUUGUUAACAGUGUUUUUGGAGCCAGCUGAAGUCUGAUUUAUUUACCAGAUUCCAGACUUGAGUCGGCUCGCUGAGCUCCUGAGCUGUUUGCUGGGACGCUCAGCUGUGUGUGUGUGUGUGUGAGUGAGAGUUAGAGCCAUCUUCAGUCUUCGGUUUGUUUGACUUCAUGUUAAAGAAGCUGGUGAAGAACUGCAUGCACAUUAAACGCCCUCCUGUUUGAGUCUGUUUUCACCACCACAUCAGACCGCCCUCGUUCCAGUCGUCUCUGAGUUUCAAGCGGCGAUGGGUCCACGCGUCCUCUCAGAUCAUGGAUAUUAGCCUCAGUGAUUGAUCGGACUUGUUUAGCAGCAUUCUCUGCCUCUGCCAUCGUCCUGACUGUUUGUUUAGAACAGUGAAAAUAAGUGAGAUUAAAUCUUUCCAGAAGCUUU